UCGAACGCAAUGUUUACAAAACAGCCAAACAGGGAGGCAGUUGUUGAACCUGAUCAAGACAAAAGGAGGCCGAAAUUAUGUCAGCUGUGAUAAGACGAGUUUGCAUCUCCAGCCAGCAUUAUAAACAUCAUUUAGCAGCCUUGUCUUCUUUGCCUUUGAAAACCACCAGCCACUACAUCCACUCCACUCCAUGGCUGAGUUCAGGUGGAGAUCCUCCCCCUUCGAAGAUGAGAGUUAUGUACAUCCCAAACCCUCUGAAGUGGCUUAACAAUCGCAUAGAGAUUGCCAACCUGAAACGAGAUUUUGACCCAAACUUCAGCGAAGAAGAUUUCAAAGUUGGUGCUAAACAGGGAGUGUGCACAGUCUCAGAACUUAUCCACAAGCGGGAAUGGGGCGACCUGACCGGGCUUGUCACUCAGAAAGUCAUUGACAAGCUUCGCAAAACAAAAUGGACAACUGACCAGAUCCAUAAUCUCGUUCUCUCGCCUGACCACGUGCAAGUUGUACAGUUGAAUAACAUAAAUUUGCAAACUAUUGUUGCCGACUCCAAACAUGGCACUUCGGAGAGGCCAUGCCAUCGAAAGUACUGUGAUAUCGAUGUGAUAGUUAUAGGGACACGCAUUCCCUAUAAUCUGGAAAAACAUUCAGUUAUAUUGUUAGAGUAUUUUGCAAGAUUCCAUCGUGAAUACACAGAAGGCAAGCUUCCAGAAUGGACAAUAACAAAGUUUAAACUGCAGAGUUUCCAAGCUGUCCAACGGGAUAAGAAAUAAAUUUUAUGUUAAAAGUAGCAUGGCAGUUUAUUUUUAAACUGUUUCAACAAAAAUCAAAGGUACAUAAUUUAAUAGCUAUUAACUCUUGAUAUUUGUAAAUAAAGAGUGUAUAUGAUAUAUAUAUGUAUGUAAGUAAAAUCUGCUUUGUAAAGAUUGGGUAGAAUAACGGUUAAAUAUAUUCCUGUUAUAAAUUUUCA